ACCCGUGACGCCAGCGCUCUCUGGACCUCUGUCAUGGAUGAGUUUGACUUUAGCACUCCGCCGCCAGAGGAACGGGUCAGCCAUAGUCAUACGCUAACCGAUGAGCAAAGCAAGGAUUGCACUACGGUCUUCGAUAUGUUUGAUCCGGAGAAUACGGGGGUUCUGCCACUGAAACAGAUAAAGUACCUAAUGCGUGCCUUGGCCGUCUUUCCCACCGAUUUGGAACUGAGCGAUAUCUAUGCUGAAAUCGAUACGGACGGAUCCGGCGAUAUGUUGCGAGACGACUUUCUAUACAUCAUGUCCAAGAUGUACAAGGAUAUGACACCCGAGGACGAGAUUAUUGCUGCAUUCAAGGUGUUCGACAAGGAGGGAACUGGCGUUAUAGCAGAGGCGGAGUUCCGUCACAUAAUGACUAAUUUGGGUGAUAAAAUGACGGAGGACGAGAUCGAGGAGAUCAUACGUGACGCAGACUCCGAUACGGAGGGCAACAUCGACUACGUACGCUUUGUGACUAUGAUGUCCGAGAGAUAAGAACUGGGCAGGCGUUUCUGGAACAUCGAAACGGAUCGGGAGAGGGUCACAAAACUCACAGAAUUCAGUAUUGAAUUUUGUUUUGGUUCAACAACAACCAGCAACUGAAAUCCACAGCAACAGUAAUUCUAAAAUAUUCAAAAUACAAAAUCACUAGUAAACAGACAAAACAUU